UUGGUUUGUCGCAAAAUGAAAGUUUAGGUCGAAUUGUGUGUAAUCGCCCUUAGUUUUGGGUAAAAUUUCACGUUAAUCUUCAAAACACAAACAGGGUUUAUGGGAGAACGAGGACAUCCUCGUAAGAGUAAAGAAAUAAACCUCAGGUAGGAAUCUGGUCCAAAAUUCAGCUGUUUCGUUCUUUUCACGCUCGAAGCCGCAACAACUUCACCUCUUCCAUUGACAGGGUUUAGCUUGUAACUCGAUUGUUGAGCACUUCUAGCUUCUCUGGCUUUUCUUCUUUCAUCUUACCGUCGCUGCGGUAAUAAUAAGAUUUGUGUCUCGCCGCCGUCGCUGGUGUUUAUAAUUGGCUAGGCAUCGUGGUGGUCGGCGUUUCAACUCUCAGGAUUCUCGAUAGUAUCUCCUCGAUUUCCUUCCGGUUCUCUGUUUGGACAAUUUCAUUAGGGUUCCUGCAUUAUUAUAGUUCAUCCAUGGCGGCAAUGCCUCUGAAGAGGUUACUCGGAGGCUUUGUACAGAGAACGGCCGCUUUUUCUCAACAUGCAGCUGCGAAUCGGGGAAUGGGACUUGGGGGAGCACUCGCCAGACGGUUCUGUUCAUCUUCUGCCACCGGAAAAGCUUCGAAAAUUCCUCACUUGCCCAAAAAGGGAAGGUUACUGACUGGAGCGACUCUAGGGUUAGUUAUAGCAGGGGGAGCUUAUGUGAGUACAGUGGAUGAAGCAACAUUCUGUGGUUGGAUGUUUGAUGCCACGAAGCUUGUAAAUCCAUUCUUCGCUCUUCUUGAUCCCGAGGCUGCUCAUAAACUAGCAGUCUCUGCUGCAGCUCGAGGGUGGGUUCCAAGGGAGAAGAGGCAUGAUGCGCCAGUUUUGGAACUGGAAGUUUGGGGAAGGAAGUUUUCGAACCCAGUAGGUCUAGCUGCUGGAUUUGAUAAAAAUGCAGAGGCUGUUGAAGGCUUGCUUGCUUUGGGCUUUGGCUUCAUCGAGGUUGGCUCCGUAACUCCUGUACCACAAGAAGGCAACCCCAAGCCUCGUAUCUUUAGGCUGCGUCAAGAAGGUGCAAUCAUCAACCGUUGUGGGUUUAAUAGUGAAGGCAUUGUAGCUGUUGCAAAGAGGUUGGGUGCUCAGCAUGGGAAGAGGAAGCUGGCUGAAACUUCAAGCACUGCACCUCCCACUAAUGAUGAUGUCAAACAGGGAGGCAAAGCUGGUCCUGGAAUUCUCGGGGUCAAUCUUGGAAAGAACAAAGAAAGUGAAGAUGCUGCUUCCGAUUAUGUACAGGGUGUGCAUACAUUAUCACAGUACGCAGAUUACUUGGUUAUAAAUGUUUCUUCACCAAAUACUCCUGGACUGCGUACGCUUCAGGGCAGGAAACAGUUGAAGGAUCUUGUGAAAAAGAUUCAAGCUGCUCGUGAUGAAAUGCAGUGGGGUGAAGAGGGCCCACCACCUUUGCUGGUUAAAAUUGCACCAGACUUGUCUAAAGAAGACCUGGAAGACAUUGCAGCGGUUGCUGUUGCUCUCCGCCUAGAUGGAUUGUACACCUUUGGCCAGAUCAUCUCAAAUACAACAAUACAAAGGCCUGAUGCUGUGAGGAGCGACCCUUUGGCCAAAGAAACUGGUGGUCUGAGUGGGAAGCCUCUUUUCGAUCUCUCUACCAGUAUCUUGAAGGAGAUGUAUAUGUUGACAAGGGGAAAAAUUCCUCUAAUAGGUUGUGGAGGUGUUAGCAGUGGUGAGGAUGCAUACAAGAAAAUACGAGCAGGAGCAACUCUUGUCCAACUGUAUACUGCAUUCGCUUAUGGAGGUCCUGCAUUAAUUCCUCAAAUAAAGGCUGAACUAGCGGGAUGCUUGGAACGAGAUGGUUUCAAGUCUGUCAUUGAAGCUGUUGGUGCAGAUUACAGAUAGUUGCCACUCAUUUUGUAUAUUGAUAAGUUAACCUUCUCAGAAUAUGCUUGAAGGAAAGUGAUCUCACAGAAAAAAGUCGUUGAGCUUUAGUAAUCAGUCAACAAUUCUGGUUUAGUAGUCAUCUGGUUGGUUUCUAAAGUUCUGUUGUUUGGUGUUCUUAAGAAAAAAGGACUCAUACAUGGUUUGUUUAUUCCUUGCUUUACGCUUUGUUUACAUCUGUUCUUCCCUUGAAUUGAGAGGAGUCCUCAACUGUAAAAUGUGACCAAAGUUUUGACCAAAUGGGAUAUUGCCCAAAGAUAGUUCAUAUGUUGCUUCUAACAUUCGGAUUACAGAUAUCUUUCAAGUUACCUAUUGUUUUAGUUUAUCCAAGACAAGCACAGCCGUACAAAUAAGCAACUUUCUCGCUACAAACGUGGACAAAAAACUACACAGUGACCUAAUAACUUUACAGGUGAAAACCAGUUUCAACUCCUUGGCACUACAUAUGAAUGUACAAACAUGACCACCACCAAUCACUGAACACAGUAUUCAAAGAUCCUUCACGGUUGCAAAUAUCAGAACCCUCCACGAUAAACCUUGGAAUGUUUUCUCUACAUGUUGGGCAAGAAUCUUGGCAGAGAGGCAAUCCUUGGAAGGUUGAGAAGAAGCUCCCCAAUUGAGUUGUUUCUUGGCAUGGUUGUAGGACCAGCAGUCUUGUACCGAAGGCCACUUUUGUUCUCCCCUUCAGUUCCCACGGGAAUUACUGCUUCUUUACUUCCAGCUAUUGUCCUUCCGCAAUUGUCCACCUCAGAAGCAUCACUCUGGUUCUUUGACAGAAAGUUGCGUGCUGAGACCGGAUCUUUCUGCAGCAGGCAGCAGAAAGAGUUGACCCUUGACAUGAGGUGAGACUCCUCAUCCGAGGAGGUAAACUGAGAAUCGCUGAGCAAGUGCUGUGUGAUCUCCUCCAGAAUGUUGCUGUUCUUGAGCUGCCCAAGCGAUACAGGGAUUUCUCCGGUUUUGAGUUCUGAAGUACAGUGUCCAAUGUAGUUCACGAGGUCAUCGAUUGACAUGGAUUGUUGAAGAAGUCCACGAGGGUUCAUCAACGAAGCCUUCUGAGAAGUGCUUUCACUGGGCCUACCGAUGAAAAGUUGGCAGUCAGUACUAGUGUUGGAAGUCGUUGGCAGCACUCCGGAUGGUGAGGUUCCUUCCUCCGACUUCUUCAUAUCCAGAGCUUCUUCACACGGUUCAUUCAAGUCCCCAAAUGCUGAAACUCUAUGGUCGAAAUAUGGAGAAGAAGUUGACGGAAUCUCUGGCCUUUGGCUAAGAAUGCUAAGGCGAGGAUCACACUGUACGAGUUUCUCAAAGUGCUUCCGCAGGAAUCCCUGCUGGCAUUCCAGAUAAUCUUACUUGUGCAUGCUGGCUUGUCCACCAGUGAAAUCAGUUGAGGCUUGCCACAGAGUGUGCUUCCUAGGUUGAGGAUUCGUCUCCCUGAAGAACAGCGGCGGCCUAGCUAACUGCAACAAACAA